AUGGCGGUCACCAACGGCGUCAACGGCAGCACCGAGUACGGCAAGAAUGUCGUCGAUGGCAUCGUCAAGGAGGCGAAGCUGGAGGCCAAGUCGGUCGCAAAGCUGUCGACAGAGCACGACCAUAUUCUGAAGUGCUUCCGCUUGCUGAUUGCGGAUCUCUGCCAGCAAUUCGGCGGCGGCCACCCAGGCGGAGCAAUUGGCAUGGCUGCCAUUGGCAUCUCGCUGUGGAAGUACGUGAUGCGAUACGCUCCGCACUCGCCCGACUUCUUCAACCGCGACCGCUUCGUCCUCUCCAACGGACACACGUGCCUGUUCCAAUACACGUUCCACCACCUGGUUGGUUACAAGGCCAUGACCUUCGACCAGCUCAAAUCCUACCACUCCACCCGCGCCGACAUGCUCUGCCCCGGCCACCCGGAGAUCGACCACGAGGGCGUCGAGGUCACCACCGGCCCCCUCGGCCAGGGAAUCUCCAACGCCGUCGGCCUGGCCAUGGCCACCAAGCACCUUGCCGCCACCUACAACAAGCCCGGCUACGAUGUUGUCUCGAACCACACCUGGUGCAUGAUUGGCGAUGCGUGUUUGCAGGAGGGCGUUGGCCUCGAGGCCAUCUCGCUGGCUGGCCACUUGAAGCUGAACAACCUGACCGUCAUGUACGACAACAACCAGAUCACCUGCGACGGCUCCGUCGAUCUGACCAACUCCGAGGACGUCAACGCCAAGAUGCGCGCCUGUGGCUGGGACGUCAUCGACAUCGAGGACGGCUGCUUCGACAUUGAGGGGAUCGUCGCCGCGCUCAAGCAGGCCAAGAAGUCGACCGACAAGCCCACCUUUAUCAACGUGCGGACCAUCAUCGGUGUCGGCAGCGCCGUGGCCGGCAACGCCGUCGCUCACGGAGCUGCUUUCGGCAAGGACGACGUUGCGAACAUGAAGAAGAUCUACGGCUUCAACCCGGAAGAGCACUUCGUCAUCACCGACACCGUCCGCGACUUCUUCGCCGAGUGCCCCAGCCGCGGCGAGAAGUACGUCCAGGAGUGGGACGAGCUGGUGGCCAGGUACAGCGAGGCGCACCCCGAGCUGGCCAGCGAGUUCAAGGCGCGGGUCAGGGGCGAGCUGCCUGCCAACUGGAAGGACCUGAUCCCGGCCGAGUUCCCCAACAAGCUCACGCCCUCCCGCGCGUCGUCCGGCCUGGUCUUCAACCCCAUCGCGCAGCGCAUCAACAGCUUCCUGGUCGGCACCGCCGACCUCUCCCCCUCGGUCCACAUGAUCUGGGAGGGCAAGGAGGACUUCCAGCACCCCGAGCGCAAGACGGCGUGCGGCAUCAACGGCAGCUACGCCGGCCGCUACAUCCACUACGGCGUGCGCGAGCACGCCAUGUGCGCCGUCGCCAACGGGCUCGCCGCCUUCGCCCCCAACACCAUCGUCCCCGUCACCAGCUCCUUCUUCAUCUUCUACCUGUACGCCGCGCCCGCCGUGCGCAUGGGCGCCCUCCAGCAGCUCCAGGUCAUCCACGCCGCCACCCACGACUCCAUCGGCAUGGGCGAGGACGGCCCGACGCACCAGCCCAUCGAGCUCCCCGCCCUCUACCGCGCCAUGCCCAACCUCCUCUACAUCCGCCCCGGCGACAGCGAAGAGACGGCCGGCGCCUGGGCCGCCGCCAUCGACGCCAAACGCACCCCCUCCAUCAUCUCCACCUCGCGCCACGCCAUCCCGCAGCUCGCCCAGACGCGCCGCGACGCCGUCGCCCGCGGCGCCUACGUGCUGGAAGAAGUUUCCGACGCCGACGUCACCCUCAUCGGCGUCGGCGCCGAGCUGAGCUUCGCCCUCGACGUCGCCGCCGCGCUGCGGGCCGGCCCGUCGCGCGUCCGCGCCCGCGUCGUGUCGUUUCCGUGCCAGCGCCUGUUCGAGCGCCAGCCCGCGGACUACAGGCGCGCCACGCUGCGCCGCCACGCGGGCGUGCCCGCCGUCGUCAUCGAGCCGUACGCCGCCUUCGGCUGGGAGCGCUACGCCGACGCCGCCAUCUGCAUGAAGAGCUUCGGGAAGAGCUUGCCGAGCAAGCACGCGUACGAGCACUUUGGCUUUGGGACCGAGGCCAUGACGGCGAAGGUGGAGGGGUAUCUGAGGAGGUUGAAGGAGGAUGAGUUUUUGAGGUCGGAGUUUGUGGAGUUGUGA